UGAAUGAGUAUAUAUGCAGUUUGGGCGAUUUACAGGGAGGGGCAUCACUCGUAGGGCAUGAGAUUCACGGCAUCAUGCGUUGCUAGCAGCCCUGCUUAGCUCUACAAUACAUCUCCCUUCCUCCCAAAUCUCCCACCUUCUAUCCCUCCGUCCCCUCUCUCUCUCUCUCUGGUUGGUUUACAAUGACAGAACCUUCAAAAGUUAUUCACGUUCGAAACGUGGGGCAUGAAAUAUCCGAAAAUGAUUUACUUCAGCUAUUUCAGCCUUUUGGAGUCAUUACUAAGCUUGUCAUGCUCCGUGCAAAAAAUCAGGCUUUACUCCAAAUGCAAGAUAUUUCUUCUGCAGUUAAUGCUUUACAAUUUUAUGCAAAUGUGCAGCCAAGCAUAAGGGGGAGGAAUGUUUAUGUCCAGUUUUCCUCUCAUCAAGAACUAACUACAGUGGAUCAAAACCAAGGACGAGGAGAUGAGCCAAAUCGAAUCCUCUUAGUUACAGUUCAUCACAUGCUGUAUCCUAUAACAGUGGAUGUGCUGCAUCAAGUGUUUUCUCCCCAUGGAUUUGUGGAAAAGAUUGUCACAUUUCAGAAGUCAGCUGGUUUUCAGGCGCUCAUUCAGUAUCAAUUACGCCAGAGUGCUGUUAUAGCUAGAAGUACACUUCAGGGACGCAAUAUUUAUGACGGUUGCUGUCAGCUGGACAUUCAGUUCUCAAACCUUGAUGAAUUACAAGUGAACUACAAUAAUGACCGUUCAAGGGACUUCACAAACCCAAAUCUUCCUGCAGAUCAGAAAGGCAGAUCUUCUCAACCUGGAUAUGGUGAUGCGGGAGGCAUGUAUGCUGUUCAAAGUUCUGGUGUCAGGCCAGGUGGUUUUUCUCAGAUGGCAAAUGCUGCGGCUAUCGCAACUGCCUUUGGUGGAGGUUUGCCUCCUGGAAUAACUGGCACGAAUGACAGGUGUACAGUUCUUGUUUCAAAUCUUAAUCCUGAUAGAAUAGAUGAGGAUAAACUCUUCAACUUGUUCUCCAUUUAUGGGAAUAUUGUGAGGAUCAAACUUCUCCGAAAUAAGCCAGAUCAUGCACUUAUCCAGAUGGGGGAUGGUUUCCAAGCUGAGUUGGCAGUACACUUUCUGAAGGGAGCCAUGCUCUUUGAGAAGCGGUUAGAGGUCAACUUCUCAAAACAUGCAAACAUAACCCAAGGUCCUGAUACUCACGAGUACAUGAAUUCUAAUCUCAAUCGUUUCAAUCGCAAUGCUGCCAAGAACUACCGUUAUUGCUGCUCCCCCACAAAGAUGAUCCAUUUGUCUACUCUCCCGCAAGAGAUCACUGAAGAGGAGAUUGUGGGCCUUCUAGAGGAGCAUGGAACAAUUGUAAACAGCAAAGUCUUUGAGAUGAAUGGGAAAAAGCAGGCCCUGGUUCAGUUUGAGACUGAGGAGCAGGCUACUGAAGCCCUCGUGUGCAAGCAUGCAAGCUCACUCUCUGGCUCGAUAAUCCGGAUCUCCUUUUCGCAAUUGCAUAAUAUUUGAGACUCAAACACAACUGGGGUAAGGGUUGUGGAUCCUAGUAGGGAUAAGAAUUCUGAAUUUGGCUUAGAGUAAUUUUUAUGCAGAUGACCGUCUUCUUCUAUGCUGUCUUGCAAUUGUCCCUUUGCUUGCUACUUAAAUGACAAAAUCUGCUCUGACUAUUUUCUGCUCUUAGUCAUUUGUCAUUUCAACUCCAUUGCCUCUGCUAGUUCUUUGGGUUGCCAAUAUGACAGAGUUGGGGUAGAUUUUUGUUGUACAUGUUUUAUAAGUCAGGUCAGUCUGGCCAUUUUUGUUGUAUUCUCAAUCCAUUAUCCAAAAUUUCUAGUCCAAUCAAUUAAGGAGCCUCUUUUUUUGUUUUUA